AUGAUUGAAACUUUUAAUCACGCUAAAAGGAGGCAAACUGAUAAAAAUACGAAUGAUUCUUCGAUGAUCGGUAUGACACCAAGUUUUACAAAUGAAAUUAAUAACAGCACCGGUGGUGUCGGAGAUGCAAGUGCUGCAGCCCAGUCUGUGUUUGGUACAAUAACUGGUGACCUAACAAGGGAAGAUAGUGAUAAUAAUAACAGUAAUAAUAACGGCGAAAUGAAUAAUAGCAAUAACAUGAGUUCGAGUAUAAAUCCUAAUGUGAAUCCUAGUAUAAAUGCAAGUAACAUUAAUCCAAGACUGAAAAGGAGUAGUUCAAAUACUUAUAACUAUGUGAGCGCAAAUUUUGUUAAAAGACGACUGCCUAACCAAGAAGAAAUUUUCCCACAACAAUCACAGUUUCUAGACACAAGUCUAACAGGAGCAAUUAAUCAAAGUAUUAGUGUUCCCAAUACCCCAUCAAAGGCACCGACUUCAAGAAGACCUAGUUUACCCAAGAAAGCUAUUGACACUAGUAGUGCUAGCAAUUAUGGUGGUGCUGGUGGUGGCGGUACAUAUGCUCUAGGAUCUCCUUAUUGUUCAUUACCAAAUGUAUCAACUUUCGUUUCCAAUGUAGAUUUAGCAUCUAAAGCAGCUAUAGAAAAUUCAGUUCAAAAAUUACCAUGUUUAGAGAGAAAUUCAUCAAAUUAUUUACAAACAACUCCUUCACGAUUGGACACACCUUAUCUUUCUCAGGAUCAAAAUUCAAAUAAAUAUUAUCACCAUGGCAUUUCGGCAUACCCACCAGUGAAUAGUGGAGACAAUAGUAACCAUCAUAAUAAUAUGAAUACUAAUUCAAAUACUACUAAUAAUGAUAAUGAUAAUAACAAUAACAAUACUAAUUAUUAUAAUAAUCAUAACAAUCGUCGUCAAAAUGAGACAUCAAAGAUAGCAGAUAUUCAGAAUUCUGUUAGUGUGGCCAAUACAAACAACAAUAACAAUUUCGAUAUCAAAGAAAACCGUGGUAAUGGUGAUUGUAACCAAGAUGGUAAUAACAAUAAUGGAAAUACUAAUGAAAACAAUUUCAAUAUGAAUAACAACGGCAACAAUAAUAACAGUAUUAAUAACAGAAGUGGAAACAACGACGGCAGGGACAGCAACAACAACAGCAACAGCAACAGCAACAACAACAACAACGACAACAACAAUAAUAACGGUAACAGAGCCGUUCCAUCGGUAGUAGUGCCUUCUAAGAGAUCGAGUCAAGCUUUGGUGCAAAAGUUACAAGACAUUUACAAAGUCAUAGUAAAACAAGAAAUUGAAUUACAGGAGAGAUGCUCACAAUUGACUACUUCACAAACGACAGAAUUGAAAAAUCUUUGGACGAUCUACAAGAUAAAUUCAGAUCUAAUCAACAAUUACGUUACUUUUCUAACUACAGCUCUUUUACCUUCACAAACGGAACAGGAUAUACUAAUAGGUGAAGAAAUUGUUGAAAUAUAUAGAAUUGAAAGGAGACUUUGGGUUUAUGGUACCAUAACAUUUCUGGACAUCUUUAAAAACUUCUCCAAUUUUAUGGAUCCUGAAGUCUGCUGUCAAUUCAUUACUCAUGUUUUCAUUUCAAUUUCGAAUAUGCUAGGUGACAUUCCACCUAAAUAUGGAAUUCCAUGGUUGCAAAGACUUGGUGAUUUAUCACGAAUGGCAAUCGCACUAUAUCCAUCAGGUUUUAUAGAUUGGAAACUAAGUGCAGAACAUUGGUAUAUGGAGGCGAUGAAAUUUACUUAUAGUCAUGGGAAAUUGUACUAUCACAUGUCGACUGUUCAACAGAACACUUUGGAAGCAUUUGUUAACUUAGGUAAAAGUGUCUUUUGCCAAGACACUUUUAUCCCAUCUCAACAGUAUAUGCAAUUAGUAAUUGAUAACAUUUAUCAGAGAGCCUUUGUGGAAAGAAAUAACGGUAAUCAUAGAAAUACUCAAUUAAUCGAAUAUUUGAAACAUAGUGAAGUUAUGCUGUUACCAAGUUUUUUGGAAUCUGCAGAUUUACAACAAGUGGUACUCAUCUAUUUCAAGGCCAAAUUUGGUUGUGAUUCCAAUAAUGUUAACAUUUUUGAUACAAGAAAGAUGUUUUGUCAAAAUCCUGAUUAUCUAAGAUAUUUCUUUAGACAUGCUCCUGCAUUUGCAGAAUCUCAUAUUUUACAAUUAGUUGGAUUUGGUGAUCCGAAGAAUCCAUUCGCAUUACUCUUCGAAUUACCAAGAUUUCUAAAAGAUAGAAAAGAUAAGAAGGAAAAAAGAAGAACAAAAUCAACUACAGUGACUGAAACUUCAAGUACUAUGGCUAUAGACGAUUUAGAGGACGAACAAUCUGAUAGAAUGUCAACGCCAGAAGGAUUUUUUGGAAAUAUUGAGACUUUAAGAUUCCCAUAUUCAGUGCCUUCUAAUUUAGAAAUUUGGAAUGAAUCCUUAAACUAUAUUAAUAUGACCAGUCUUAAAUGUAGUAUGGUUGUUUUACAAAAAUUUUUGAAAGGACCACUAGUGGUUGCACUUCCUCAUUUUAUGCCCUGGACUUAUUUCAUCAUUUCUUUGGCUUACAAAAUCAAGGAUUUAAACCAUGAAUCUAGUCGAAAAUUCUGGGUUGAAUUUGUGGAUCGUAUUUUCCCCUGGAAUACAAUCGUUAGCUUCUUAAAUGUCCUCAUAGCUUAUAUGCUCGAUAACAGUUGGAAGUCAUCGCUAGUUGACUCUCUUUGUGGACAGUAUUCAUCAAUGGGGUUAGAAGAUCUUUUGGAUUAUUUCAAUAAUAACGAAGUAUUACCAGAAGUUUGGAAAUGUUGGGGUACCCUUUGGUUUGAUACUAUCUGUAAUAAGGAACAAAGCCAUGUGGAAGAUCUUGAAAGUGUCGGGAUUAAAAACCAUAUGUUUUUAGAUGCACCUAUAGAUGGGAUUGCAUUUGAUGCUAACGAUGAAAGUGGCGAGAACUUUUGGAAGAGAGCAUGUAGAAUAAUCUUUCUUUUCAAAGGAUUGGCAGAAAAUUUCCCGAUUGGUAUUACUUUAAGUCCAGUGGCCCCUGUCUAUUGUAGAAGAAAUGACGUUAGUCCAUAUCAUAUACUAAAGAGCUUCUCAUUUAAGUUGAGAAGAGGAUCAGACUCGGAAUUGGUUCCAAUGAAUCCUCCUCAGCCAUCGACAACAGCGAUAGAUUUGGACCAUUUGAAAAAUACUUUGGAAAUUUUUGAAGAAGCCAGUUGGGAGAAUAUUCAUAUGGAUACAAUCCCGAUGCUAAGUGUGAUAGAAGGUGAAAGUAUUUUUGAUUAUGCUGGUUAUAGGAGGUUGCAUCCAGAUUAUUUCUCCUAUGAUAAAAACGGUGAAUUCUUAAGUGCUUCGCUGUACACAUCAUGGUACGCCAACAAUAAUACAAAUAAUACUGGAGUUAUACCGGCUCAUGGGAGCGACGUUGAUUCUCAAAGGGAUGCCGUUCAAAGUGUCCAAGAGAUGCAUAUUUUCAACCAAAUCAUGGAACCUGGAUACUGUGGUGGAUUUGCAGAUGAUUUAUUUUUAAGAGAUGCCCUUUAUCAAACGGCACAUUCUAGUACCACGUAUUUCGUUCUCGAUACUACAACGUGGUUAAGACAUUUCGGCCACAUUUACAAAUUGGCUUCUAGUGGAGUUUUGAAAUUUGCCAUAUGUCUAACCACUUUCCACGAAUUAAGAUUUUUACGUAAGCCCAAGGAUGAAAAUGUAGUGGAAGCAGCUACAAGGGCUAUUAUUACGGUAAGACAACUUUACAGUGAAGGUAAACUUUUGCCUCUGAGGUUUACUGGUAAUGUUGCCACACAUAUUGAAGAACACUUAGAAUUUGAGGAAAAAAUUACAUGGAGAUCACACGUGGAUGAAUUUGUGAUUGAAGCGGUCUAUAAGGCUCAAUCCAAAUUUCAAGAGAUGAAUCAAUUACAGCUUGAACAAGAGGAGCAGCAGCAUCAACUAAGGGCUCAUGAUGAUAGAUCCGGAUUAAAAUUUGUUGUACUGGUUACGGACGAUUCUAAUAUGAGGAAAAAAGCUCAGGACCAGGAUGUCCGUACCUUUAGUACUAAAUUUGUCUUUUCACUAUGCAAUUCAAUUGGAUUGCGAAGUAAAAUUUGUACUAAUUAG